GGGGCAGACUACUCUCUUCUUUGGGCCUGGAAAGAGCGCAAUGAAUUUCUGCUUUCGGGUAGGAGUGGGGAGGAGGGGAGAGGGUAAUGUGAACUAUCAGAUUUCUCAGGCAAGCCCAACUUAUUCCAUCUAAUUUUCCGUUUUAUAGAGCAAGGGUGCCGGGGUCGGGGGAGGGAGGGGAGUGGAGGGAGUAAUCAGGGCUUUUCAUUUCAAAUCUAAAACUCCCUUCAUUCUCCCACUUCAUGCCGAGGCGAAAAGCGUCAGUCAGCUGGGUCUCUUAAAAAAGAGCCGGGGCGGGACAAUAAAUAAAGAGUACCUGUUCCACCAACUUCCAGAUAUACAGCCAAAAGUCACGACCCAUUUAGAGGAUCCAGCAAAGGUGGCGGGUUCAGAAUUAGCCAUUGGUAGCACCUCCUUUUCUAAACAGAACAGAUCGUACCAAACAGAGAGGGACUAACGCUAGGAAACAAGCUGAGGAAGGGGAGUGUGCUGGACUCCCAUUGGUUGAUGCGCCAGAUUUCCCCCCCCUCCCAGUCGCCCUAUAACCCCUAGGCAGAGGGAAGGCGCCCAUCCAUGCUCGCUGUGCUCCAGCAGCCUCUCAUCUCUCCUGCAGCCCGACUGUCUCAGGGAUGGAGAGAAGGCUUGUAAAGACGACUCAGACCCGAAUCAGCCGUUCUCUCUGUCUCUUCCCCCGCCACAAUCUCCGGGGUCGAGUUUAGCCACGAGCGAACAGCUCCAUUCUUCAGCACAGUGUGGGCGAGCAGUCUCAAUAGAGCUGCUCCAGCUCAGGAGGUUGGGAGGUUUGUACCUUUCUCGUUUUCCUCUUCCCCCGCAUACUCCUCUUGCCCAUUCCCACCAUCCUACUCGCCCCGUAGGCUUCGUGCCUGUGAAAUUGGAAGCUUGAGUUUGGGUGCCCAGAGUCUGGGAAGCAGAGGAAGGCGAGGAGCGCACGAUGGAGAGCGACAACGCAUCCACCCCUUCAGCCCUCACCUUCACAUCGGGGCCUGAGGGUUACAACAGUAGCCCCAGUGCGCUCGGAGCCGCCGGGGAUCAGGGAGACGUAGGGGAGAGUGCGGGCAUCCUGCAAAGCAAAGAGCCCCCUUUCUCCAUCUUCACCGUGUUAAUCUUGACGCUGUUAGUUCUCCUCAUCGUGGCCACCUUCCUCUGGAACCUGCUGGUCUUGGCCACCAUCCUAAGGGUGCGCGCCUUUCACCGUGUCCCCCACAAUCUAGUGGCUUCGACUGCGGUAUCCGAUGUGCUUGUGGCGGCGCUGGUCAUGCCCCUUAGCCUGGUUAGUGAGGUAUCUACAGGGAAGCGAUGGCGCCUAGGGCGCGCCCUGUGCCACGUCUGGAUUUCUUUCGACGUCCUCUGCUGCACGGCCAGCAUCUGGAACGUGGCUGCCAUCGCCCUGGACCGCUACUGGACCAUUACCCGCCAUAUCCAGUACACCUUGCGCACCCGCAGCCGUGCCUCCAACCUCAUGAUUGUCCUCACCUGGGCCCUGUCUGCUCUCAUCGCCUUUGCUCCUUUGCUAUUCGGUUGGGGUGAAGUGUAUAGUGCUGAGCUCCAGCGCUGCCAGGUGAGCCAGGAGCCCUCCUACGCAGUUUUCUCCACCUGUGGCGCCUUCUACGUCCCCCUCGGAGUAGUGCUUUUUGUCUACUGGAAGAUUUACAAGGCAGCCAAAUUCCGCAUCGGGAGACGUCGAGUUGCAGUCUUGCCCCUACCUGAGACAGUACAGGCAAAGGAAGCUCCCCAAGAGGCCCAGCUGGUGUUCACAGCCCGUCGUGCCACCCUUGCCCUUCAAACACAUGGUGAAACGUGGCGGGAGCAGAAGGAGAAGAGGGCAGCUCUGAUGGUGGGAAUUUUAAUCGGUGUCUUUGUCCUCUGUUGGAUCCCCUUCUUCCUCACAGAGCUCAUCACCCCACUCUGUUCCUGCAGUGUUCCCCCCAUCUGGAAAAGCAUCUUCCUGUGGCUUGGCUACUCCAAUUCUUUCUUCAACCCCUUGAUUUACACAGCAUUCAACAAAAACUAUAAUAGUGCCUUCAAAAGCCUUUUUACCAAACAGAGAUAAAAAUGCAAAACUGGGGAGGGGUGGAUUUCUGUGAGAGUCCAUUCCUACCUCCAGCCUUUUCAGUAAGUAAAUGGAGCUUGUCUCUCCUCUCUUUUCCCUCUCUCACCCCUCUCUCCCCAGAAUGGAGACAAUGAAGUGGAAAGUGCAUCGAACCAGUCAGGAGUCAGAAGAAUUGGAUGGAAUUCUGGCUCAGUCAUGAACUUGCUAUAACCUUGGGCAAAUCACUUUCAUCUCUCCUUGAGCCUCAGUUUCCUCAUCUGUAAAAUGAAGGAUGUCAGACUAGUUGAUCUCUGUUGUCCCUUCCAGUCCUGACAUCCUGAGAUCUGUCCGUUACUCAAACCGAACCAUUAGCCUUAGGCUGGUGGAAGCAGCUGGUGAGGACUUGUCAAGCAUGGUGUUUCAUACUUAAGCAUUUAGGAUUCAUCAGAUGAAAGAGGAAUGGGGUGUGAGAAAUCAGGAGCUCCAAGUAGCUGGUUUCUACCAGAAUCCAAGAACUUUGUACUUGGUGAAUGUGGUAUAUCAGCAUCAUUCACCUUGUUCUCUCUUUUCUCUAUCUCUCUCCCUCCCCCAGCUGUUAUGGUCUCUUGUAAUACCCAAAGGACUUCAGUGUUGCUCUAGUAGAAGAGGAUUGUGGGAUAUUGGACUGAGUCAUAGGAGGGAAAUAUUACUAACUUUCCUCUUCUGCAAAAAGGAGUGAGAAAAUAGACUGAAUUUCCUCAUAUUUAAGUUGAAGGAAUUGGACCAAUAACUCACUUGCACCACUCUAUCUGUGAUCCUUUUCCCAUUCUCCAUUAUAGCUGCACUGGUGGCUAACAGAUGUGGCCAGACCAAGAGUUGCCAAGAAUUUCUGAGGCUUGUUGUGUCCGGGAUUAACAUCCACUUAGGUGACUAUAGGAUAAGCUAAAUGCCUGACAUUUUCCCAAAUUUAAACCCUACUCCAGUGACAGCAUAGUUUCCAAGAAACAAAUCUUGAUUGAGGGCACAGACAAAACCCCUAGGGAAACAUAGGAAACUACUUAAUUUAUUUGUUUGGUAUGGAGAAGAGGAAGCUAUUGGCUUUAUUCUCUUCAAUCACUCCCAGCUUUUUUCAGUUUAAACCCCUUAAAACCCUCUAGCCUUUGGGGCAGAAGGGAUAGGUUUUUGUUGUUGUUGUUGUUUGUUUGUUUAAAGGUUAGAUAGAGUACGAUCCUGGGUACUGUCAGACAAGUGGGAACAAUUAUCUUGACUGAAGUAGAACAUUGGUGUCAAAGUCAAAUAGAAAUGAGUAUCGUUAACCAUACAUAAGAAUCCCUGUGGGCUGCAUAUUCACUUAGAAAACUACAACAUUAUUAUUUAUAUUCUAUGGCCUUUUUAUUUAUUUUGUUAAAUAUUGUCCAAUUACAUUUUAUUAUGCACAAGGGAGUGUUGCAGAGCGGGGUGCUUGACUCUUCUUCUGUAGGGGGAUUCUUACCCUCUCUUUGGAUUUCCAUGUCUCUCUAGGCUUCUACACCCAACUAGAGAAUGAUGAUCCAUAGUAAUGAUGAAAUACUCCCAAAUCUAGUUUCCCCAGAAACUGUCUCUUGUAUAAGCACAUUUUAAUAGAAUAGCUCAUCCUACAGGUUAAUAGAAUUGAAGAUAAAUACGUGAUGGGAUGGGGAAAGGGGACAAAAUGUUCCAUAUCAAAAUACAAAAUACAAAGAGCAAAAGACCUCAGUUUCCCCAUUAGCCUCCCCCCACCCCCAAAUCAAAACAAAAUCACAUACACAUAGUUAUCGAUAAAGGAUUUUAAACCUGGCUCAUAAUCAUGCUCUUUUCUACAAUUUGUAAAUUACCAACUCUGCUAUGAACCCGAUUUCAUGAGGUGUGCAGUGUUGUCAACCUACCUGGAUCAGCCAGGGCUUACCCAACCUGUCGUAAUGUGGAAGUGAAGGGAGAGGAUAUAUCUGGCUGUGUACCUGGGAGUAGGGUCAGCAACUUACUGUAUUUUCCUGUGCCAGAAGGAGAAAGAAAGAGGCCUGGAGUCAAGAAGACCUGAGUUCAAACCCAGCUGCAAACAUUUACUGGCCGUGUGGCCUUGGGCAAGUCAUUUAAACCUCUG